UGCAUUUCAUUUGAUCCUAUAUAUCCCAAGACAGAACAUCUCCACACACUUUUCCUUUAUUUUUGAACCAAACUCUUUCACUUUUCCUUUAUUUGCAGUUUCUUUUCUCUAUAGCUGUGAGCAAAAUUAAAGCUAUCAGAAUCGCGUUUCAAAAGCAGAAAAAGAAAGAAGAAGCUAUCUAUCAGAAUCGCGUUUCAAAAUCAGAAUUUGAAAGAAGAAGCUAUCAUGAUGGAAACCAUGCAGCCUCAGAAGCAGAGAGACGAAGGAGAAGCUUCUUUUUCUUCUUCUCAUAAUCAUAAUCACGUUUCUCCUUCUCCAAGUUUCAGCAGCUACUCGUCGGAGACACUCGCCGAGAUCGCCGCCAGAGUAAUUGACGAGCUCCGGUGGGAUCCUCAUUCCGUUUCUGACGACGACGCGCUUUACCAACCGUGGGAAAACGACAUCACCUUUGCUGCUACUCCAACUCCAAACGACAACGAAGGCGAGGAUGACGGUAGUGAGUUUGAAUUCGCCGUGGUUUCGACGGACACGGCGAAUUUCCCGGUGGUUUCCGCGGAUGACAUUUUCUAUAACGGUCAGAUCAAGCCUUUGUACUAUCCAGUUUUCGAUCAAAAUCUUCUAAACGACGAUGCCGUUUCUUCCGUGACAAAUCCUAAUGAAGCUACACCACGACGUCGUUUACCUUUAAGGACGUUGAUGUUCGAAGACAACGAAACGACGGCGUCGUGUUCGUCGUCCACCGACGAGAGUGUAGACCUAGAAGCUGUAGCGGAAGGGAGUUACUGCGUGUGGAACCCUAAUUCAGUUGGAAUUGAACGGAAAAAGAGUAGCUCAGCCGGUUCUGGAUCGAAGCGGUGGAAGCUUCGGAACUUGCUUUUGAGAAGCCAUAGUGACGGGAAGGAUAAGCAGCCGGUGAUGUUUCAGAUUCCGAAAACGACGGCGAGUAAAGUUUCGCCGUCGGUGGAGCACGACGGGAAGAAUCAGAGUAAGAGUAAGAAGAAGUCGUUUUUACCUUACAGACCCGAAUUGGUUGGUCUUUUCGCUAAUGUCAACGGGCUUGGCCGGAAUUUGAACCCGUUUUGAUUUUUCGAACCCGGUUCAAGAUUAUCAGUAUAUUUUUAUUUAUUUAUUUUUAAUCAUAGUGGAUUAUGUGCCAUGUCAAUCUAAUUAUUUUACAGUUUUAGUAUUUUUGGGCCAGGUAUUAUAUUGUAAUUAAAGAGAUUGAGAUGUAGAAUUUAUUCUUUUCUCUGUAAAUUAUUUGGAGUUUUAAGUUUUUUU